UCCAUAGGCUCAUUUCGAGCCCGAACAAGGGAAAAAAAAAAAAUGGGUACUCCCAUGACGUACGAUCAGCUCAGGGAUCACCUCGAUCAGAUAUAUUCGGAUCCCUCUACUCGCCUAGAUGUCCGUUUAAUCGAGAAGCUUCAAGCGGAGCUGUUCGCUAGCACUGAUCCAAAAGUGUCAGCGGCACUCCUGGUCCAGAUCUCCAACCUCCUCCCCAAUAUUCAAGAAGAUCCGACUCCGCUAACCAAUUUGGCCACGAAAGCAGCGACGUACCUAAACUAUUCACAGAUCCGGUCCAUCGAACCUCCCCUCGAUAUUCUUGCCGGUAUCAAGGCACCUUCACACCCGGUUAACCUCCUUGCUUUAUCGCUCCUCCGCAAAGCUAGCGAGUCCGUUAGCGAUGCGGCAGUUGUUGCAGGCGAUUCAGCUCUAGUGACAUCCUUAGUGGAGAUAUGGCUCACAAGCACCACCACUGCUGUUGCGGAGGCGGCCUUCGAUGUUCUAUGGUGUCUCCUCCGGAUCGAUCACCCAAAUCAGCCGUGGAUAAAUGGAAACAUGGAAAGUAGUAAUUCUGGUGGCCUGGGCCUGGUGUGGAGAAGACUAUUUGGAGACAGAAACGUGUACAACCUACUCUUCUCAAUAUGCUGUCUUGAUAAUGACGGACAACCCGGGCAGCCGAGCAAGCGGCAAAAGUCAGUGGCUCAGGGAAGAUUGAUGGAUUUUGUGACUAGAGUAGGGUCGCUGGAUUGGCAGGCGGUUACGGCAUCACAUUUCCCAGAUGUUGAGCUUGGGUUUAAAUGCAAGAAUUUGUUAGAUUUUGCAGCCUGCCAAAUGGUGGACACCGAAGAUGUUCUGCUGCACAUGACGCUCAUCCAUUUCCUCGAGGAUCUCCUAAAAAUCGACGCUCCUGGUUUCCAACAGCGUUGCAGCACCGCUCAAGUGUCUCACCCAAUAUUCUCUUCUCCAUCCCUGGAUUUCCUGGUCAGCUCUGGCCUACAUGACAGAAUCAUGAAAUACUUUGUGGAGCCCUCUACCCUGGAUCCCGCAGAAGCUGCUUAUCUUUCUGGUCCAAUAAUGGCGUACGUUUCCCAGUAUGCCCAACUCUACCCGAAUCACUUGUUGCAAAAUCAACAAAGCUUUCUGGAUAAAAUCCUUACCCGAACACUCCAAUCUUUUGAUAUGCCAUCAGUUCAAUGGGCCCACGGAGCAGUUCCAAGCGGUGAACUUAAUAUUCUAGCGUCACUGCCCCGAGUUAUGUUACUGGAGGCUGGGAAACGAUCUUUAAACCCACUAUUUUCCAUUCCUUCAAAGCCACUACAUAAGGACACCCUGGGUGCACUGGGAAGAAUAUUUCACGGACCGUUAGGUCGCAAGGUUGAUAGCGAUGCAGAGCAACAAGAGGAUUUAAGCCACAAUCCAACCAGUUCCCGUGCAGAGGCAGCGGCUGCAAGGACGCUCUAUUUCCAAUACCUAAAUCAGCACACGGCCAUCUGGAACAACGUCGUGGCGGCCGCCGAGACAGUGGCGAUGACUGACACAGCUUUGGCUGCAAUCGCAUUCAUAAAAGCAGUCGCAACAGCGAACUGGGACGUGAUCAAACAAGGCUCGACCUCGGAAGGCAUCACUACUGCUCGGUUUGCUAUUCCAACUGAAGACGAGGUCGAGCGGCUUGGGCCAGCGUCCCAAGGAAAUCUUCCGUUGCAUGGAGCUUGGGCGCUACUCGUUCCUCCAGCUUUAACUGUUGUUCUACCUUACCUUUUUAAAGACCCGCAGACGCAUGCGAACUUUGUUGCCGGGGGAAGAGGAGACACGGAGAGUGCUGUGUGGAGAAUCGCUACUGCCAAGUAUGAUGCACUCGUUGCGCUCGAGUCGUCUAUUGAACGAAUCGGCGGAAGUACCAAUGGUGUUGAGGAUGUUAUACGAACUAUGAAGCGGCGUGUAGCCCAGGGACCAUGGGGUAAUACAAGCCAGAUUGGCAGCCGGGUUGAUGCACUGGAACUAUAA